CAUCAGAGGCGGUGGUGAAGAGAAGGCAUAGGCGGUGUUUGCUUUUUAAUUUUUUGUUUUUCCAAAGAGCAUUUCAGCACACUGCUGUCAGGGACGCUGAAAAGAAUAUCUUUUAUAUUUUUUCUUUUUUUUUUUUUCUUCAUCGGAAUGGUUAGGUCACCUAUGUGACUAUAACAGAAAUUUAAAGGCAGUUUUAUUUAGCAUGCUGGGAAUGAACAACAAACAACAUUCAUGACGGUGCUAUAGCACAACCAGUCGCCUCUAAAGGCUCCCAGAGCCUUUUAUCGGAAGAAAAUUUGUAUGUUACUCAUACUCCUGCCUGAUUAGCUAACCUACCUCUGCUAGCCACUUGGAGUGGGUGCUGCUGGAAGGCGCAAAGAAGGAAAUCUGAACGGUCCAUUUUAGAGAUUCGGAUGAGGUGUUUGAAUCCAACGUUUGAAAUUUAUCAUUUUAACCAACGCUCUCUGCAUAUCAACAAGCACUGGCAUAUUUCAUUUCAGAGAUGUGGGCAAUGAGAUUGCUUUUCCUUGGAUUUGUACUCAGUCUGGGGGUUCUCGCUCCUGUAAGAGCAAUUGAUGCCCCAAAGACCUGCAGCUCCAAGCAGUUUGUGUGCAAGGACCAGGUGACCUGCAUCUCCAAAGGCUGGUGCUGUGACGGGGAGAAGGACUGCCCAGAUGGCUCGGACGAGGCCCCAGAUAUCUGUCAUCACAGUCAUGGGUCACAGUGUCCACCCAACGAGUUUGACUGCCGAGGCACAGAUGUGUGUAUCCACCUCAGCAAGUUGUGCGACGGGGUUCCAGACUGUUCUGAUGGCCGCGACGAGGGGGCACACUGCCGAGAGCUGAGGCCCAACUGCACGACCCAUGGCUGCCAGUACAAGUGCGCGGUCACCGCGGCGGGCCCCAAGUGCUACUGUAAGAACGGCUACGAGGUGGCGGAGUAUGGCAAGAUGUGCAAAGACUUUAAUGAGUGUGCAGUGUAUGGGACCUGCAGUCAGAACUGCACCAACCUGGACGGCUCCUACACCUGCACCUGUGUGGAGGGCUACCUGUCCCAGCCGGACAAUCGCUCCUGCAAGGCCAAAAAUGUCCCAGUGGAGCGUCCACCCCUGCUCCUCAUCGCCAACUCGCAGAGCAUCCAGGCCACGCACCUGAGUGGCCUGCUGCCCUUCUCCGUGCCCACCAAGCAGACCACGGCUAUGGACUUCAUCUAUGCCGAGGAGACCGUCUGCUGGAUCCACAUGGGUGACGGCCCAGGCAACAAACAGCUCAAGUGUGCCAAGAUCUCCAACGCCAAGCUCUUCACGGACGUCCGCGUGGUCAACAUCUCCCUCAGCCUGCACCAUGUGGAGCAAAUGGCCAUCGACUGGCUAACAGGAAACUUUUACUUUGUGGACGAUAUGGACGACCGCAUCUUCGUCUGCAGCAAAGACGGUUCCACCUGCGUCACCUUGCUGGACCAGGAGCUCUACAACCCCAAGGCCAUUGCCCUGGACCCCACCAUGGGGAAGGUGUUCUUCACUGACUAUGGGCAGAUUCCUAAGGUGGAACGUUGUGACAUGGAUGGCCAGAACCGCACCAAGCUGGUGGACAGCAAGAUUGUCUUCCCCCACGGCAUCACGCUGGACUUGGUCAGCCGGCUGGUCUACUGGGCCGACGCCUACCUGGACUACAUCGAGGUGGUGGACUACGAGGGCAGGAACCGACACACCAUCAUUCAGGGCUUACUGAUUGAGCACCUGUAUGGCCUGACUGUGUUCGAGAACUACCUGUAUGCCACCAACUCGGACAACGCCAACAUGCAGCCCAAGACCAGUGUUAUCCGCGUCAACCGCUUCAACCGGUCAGACUUCCACGUGGUGACCCGAGUGGACAAGGGAGGAGCCCUCCAUGUGUACCACCAGAGACGCCAGCCUCCAGUGCGGAGUCACGCGUGCGCCCCCGAUCAGCACGAGAAGCCCGGCGGCUGCUCGGACAUGUGCCUGCUGGGCAACAGCCACAAGACGCGCACCUGCCGCUGCCGCUCUGGCUUCAGCCUGGGCAGCGACGGCAAGUCCUGCAAGAAACCGGACCAUGAGUUGUUUCUGGUGUAUGGGAAGGGGAGGCCCGGCAUCAUCCGUGGCAUGGACCUGAACGCCAAGGUGCCGGACGAGUACAUGAUCCCCAUCGAGAACCUGAUGAACCCGCGGGCCCUGGACUUCCACGCCGAGACCGAGUUCAUCUACUUUGCGGACGCCACCAACUACUUGAUCGGCCGCCAGAAGAUCGAUGGCACGAGGAGGGAAACUAUAAUUAAGCAAGGGAUCCACACAGUGGAGGGGGUAGCCGUGGACUGGAUGGGCAAGAAUCUGUACUGGACCGACGACGGGCCCAAGAAGACCAUCAAUGUGGCCCGGCUGGAGAAGUCCUCUCAGACGCGCAAGACCCUGAUUGAGGGUGGGAUGACUCACCCGAGAGCCAUCGUGGUGGACCCUCAGAAUGGGUGGAUGUACUGGACUGACUGGGAGGAGGAGCCCACUGGGACCAACCGCGGCAGCAUCAAGAGGGCCUGGAUGGACGGCACCAACCCUGGUGUCUUCCUCACCGGCAAGACGGUGCUGUGGCCCAACGGCCUCACGCUGGACAUCCCUCAGGGCAUCCUCUACUGGGUGGACGCCUACUAUGACCGCAUCGAGAUGGUGUUCAUCAACACCACAGAGCGCAAGACUGUGUAUGAUGGACCGGAGUUGGCCCACGCCUUUGGCUUGAGCCACUACAAAAACUUCCUGUUCUGGAACGAGUACCGAGGUGGAGAAAUCUACAAGGUCAAUCGGGACACCAAGAACGUCACCCUCCUGCGAGUAGAGCGGCCGCCCAUCUAUGAGAUCCGCACUUAUGACGCUCAACAGCAACAAGGUUCCAACAAGUGUCGUGUCAAUAAUGGUGGCUGUAGCAGUCUGUGUCUGGCAAUUCCCAAUGACAGGACGUGUCACUGUCCAGAUGACCAGAUCCUGGAACCCUACAAUAACACCUGCCAUGCCAACCCGUCUUACCAGCCUCCGCCUCAGUGUCAGCCUGGGGAGUUCGCCUGCGAGAACAGCCGCUGCAUCCAGGAGCGCUGGAAGUGCGAUGGAGACAACGACUGUCUGGACAACAGUGACGAGUCGCCGGACCUCUGCCACCAGCACACCUGCCCUUCAGACCGCUUCAAGUGUGACAACAACCGCUGCAUCCCUCUGCGCUGGGUCUGCGAUGGAGACAACGACUGUGGCAACAACGAAGACGAGUCUAACACCACCUGCUCAGCUCGUACGUGCCCUCCCAACCAGUUUGCCUGUGCCAGUGGCCGCUGCAUCCCCCAGUCCUGGACCUGUGACCUGGACGACGACUGUGGAGAUCGCUCGGAUGAGCCUGCCUCAUGUGCCUACCCAACCUGCUUCCCCCUCACCCAGUUCACCUGUAACAAUGGCCGCUGCAUCAACAUCAACUGGCGCUGUGACAACGACAACGACUGUGGAGACAACAGUGAUGAGGCAGGCUGCACUCACUCCUGCUGGGUGCAGUUCAAGUGCAACAGCGGCCGCUGCAUCCCAGAGUACUGGACCUGUGACGGUGACAAUGACUGUGCAGACCACAGCGACGAGACUCACGCCAACUGCACCAACCAAGCCACCCGCCCCCCCGGUGGCUGCCACACUGAUGAGUUCCAGUGCCGCAUGGACGGCCUGUGCAUCCCCAUGCGCUGGCGCUGUGAUGGAGACACCGACUGCAUGGACCUGAGCGACGAGAAGAACUGCGAGGGGGUCACACACAUGUGCGACCCUGGGGCCAAGUUUGGCUGCAAAGACUCUGCUCGCUGCAUCAGUAAGACCUGGGUGUGUGAUGGGGACAGUGACUGCGAGGACAACUCGGACGAGGAGAACUGUGAGCCGCUGGGGUGCACGGCGUUACACCACGUUGUGUGUGCCAACAACGACACCAUCUGCCUGCCCCCCGAAAAGCUGUGUAACAACGUCAACGACUGCCCUGAUGGCUCUGAUGAGGAGCUCUGUGAUUUGUGUUUGUUGAGUGGGUGCAGUCACAACUGCAGCAUAGCGCCUGGGGAGGGCAUCAUGUGUCUGUGCCCCGUGGGCAUGGAGGUGGGCCCGGACAACAAGACGUGCCAGAUCCAGAGCUUCUGCGCCAAGCACCUCAAGUGCAGCCAGCGCUGCAUCCAGGACAAGUUCAACGUCAAGUGUGCCUGCUACGAGGGCUGGGCACUGGACACGGACAAGGAGAGCUGCUACAGCACAGACCCGUUCAAGCCCUUCAUCAUCUUCUCCAACCGGCACGAGAUCCGACGCAUCGACCUGCACAAGGGCGAGUUCAGCGUGCUGGUGCCGGGCCUGAGGAAUACCAUCGCUCUGGACUUCCACUUCAAUGAGAGCAUGCUCUACUGGACCGACGUGGUGGAGGACAAGAUCUACCGCGGAACACUGUCCGAAAACGGCGCCCUGACCAGUUUUGAGGUGGUGAUCCAGUAUGGCUUGGCUACUCCUGAGGGUCUGGCUGUGGACUGGAUUGCCGGGAACAUCUACUGGGUGGAGAGUAACCUGGACCAGAUCGAGGUGGCCAAGCUGGACGGCACCAUGAGAACCACCCUGCUCGCUGGAGAAGUGGAGCACCCUCGGGCCAUCGCUCUGGACCCCAGAGAAGGGAUUCUUUUCUGGACAGACUGGGAUGCUAGCUCUCCCAGAAUAGAGGCAGCCUCUAUGAGUGGGGAAGGCCGCCAAACCAUCCACAGGGAAACCGGAAACGGAGGGUGGCCCAAUGGACUCACAGUGGAUUACUUGGAGAGACGCAUUUUAUGGAUUGACGCAAGGUCAGACGCCAUCUAUUCUGCCUCCUACGACGGUUCCGGCCUCAUCGAGGUCCUCCGGGGACAUGAAUACCUGUCGCACCCGUUUGCCGUCACCAUGUAUGGCGGUGAGGUCUACUGGACUGACUGGCGCACCAACACUCUGGCCAAGGCCAACAAGUGGACGGGCCACGACGUGACCGUGGUCCAGCGCACCAACACGCAGCCCUUCGACCUGCAGGUGUACCACCCGUCCAGACAGCCUCAGGCCCCCAACCCUUGUGCUGGGAGCGGUGGCCGCGGGCCCUGCUCACACCUCUGCCUCAUCAACUACAACCAGACCUUCUCCUGCGCCUGCCCUCACCUCAUGAAGCUCCAAGCCGACAAGCGCACCUGCUAUGAGUCACGUCAGUUCCUGCUGUACGCUCGUCAGAUCGAGAUUAGAGGGGUGGACCUGGACAACCCCUAUUACAACUACAUCAUCUCCUUCACCGUGCCCGAUAUCGAUAACGUGUCGGUGGUGGACUAUGACGCCAUGGAGCAGAGGAUCUACUGGUCAGACGUGCGCACACAGACCAUCAAGAGAGCCUUCAUCAACGGCACCGGGGUCGAAACCGUGGUGUCAGCUGACCUGCCCAAUGCCCAGGGCUUAGCAGUGGACUGGGUCUCUCGGAACCUGUUCUGGACGAGCUACGACACCAACAAGAGGCAGAUUAACGUGGCUCGGCUGGAUGGCUCCUUUAAGAAUGCGGUCAUCCAGGGCCUGGACAAGCCCCACUGCCUGGUGCUGCAUCCUAUCCUGGGGAAACUCUACUGGACAGAUGGCAACACCAUCCACAUGGCCAACAUGGAUGGCACCAACCAGACCCUCCUGUUCGCCAAUCAGAAAGGGCCUGUCGGUCUGUCCAUUGACUUUGAUGAGGAGCGCCUGUACUGGAUCAGCUCGGGCAACAGCUCUAUUAACCGCUGCAAGAUGGACGGGUCCGACCUGGAGGUCCUGGAGGCUGCCAAGGGCAAACUGACCAAAGCCACUGCUCUGGCCAUCAUGGGCGAUAAGCUGUGGUGGGCAGAUCAUGGCUCUGACCAGGUGGGCACCUGCGACAAGAGCGACGGGGGCAACUGGAGGGUUCUGAGAAACAACACCUCACCCAUGAUGCACAUGAAGAUCUACAACGAGACCGUGCAGAAAGGUGGUGUGAACCUGUGCAGCAGUAACAACGGCGGCUGCUCACAGCUCUGUCUCCCCACGUCCAAAACCAGCCGGGCCUGCAUGUGCACCGCUGGCUACAGCCUCAAGAGUGGACAGCAGUCCUGUGAAGGCAUGGGCUCCUUCCUGUUGUACUCGGUGCAUGAGGGCAUCAGGGGCAUCCCUCUGGACCCCUCUGAUAAAUCGGACGCGCUGGUGCCAGUGGCGGGCACCUCUCUGGCAGUGGGCAUCGACUUCCAUGCUGAGAAUGACACCAUCUACUGGGUGGACAUGGGUAUGAGCACCAUCAGCCGAGCCAAGCGAGACCAGACCUGGAGAGAAGAGGUGGUGACCAAUGGCAUCGGCCGAGUGGAGGGCAUCACAGUGGACUGGAUUGCAGGCAACAUCUACUGGACAGACCAGGGCUUUGACGUUAUCGAGGUGGCCCGUCUCAACGGCUCCUUCCGUUACGUGGUGAUCUCCCAGGGCCUGGAUAAGCCCCGCGCCAUCGCCGUGCACCCCGCCAAAGGUUAUCUGUUCUGGACAGAGUGGGGGCAGUAUCCACGUAUCGAGCGCUCCCGUCUGGAUGGCUCUGAGAGAGCAGUGCUGGUGAACGUCAGCAUCAGCUGGCCCAACGGCAUCUCCAUAGAUUACCCGGAUGGCAAACUGUAUUGGUGUGACGCACGCACAGACAAGAUUGAGCGUAUUGAUCUGGAGACUGGUGAGAACCGCGAGCUUGUUCUUAGCACCAACAACAUGGACAUGUUUGCAGUGUCUGUCUUUGAGGACUACAUCUACUGGAGUGACAGAACUCAUGCUAAUGGAUCCAUUAAGAGGGGUCACAAAGACAAUGCCACGGAGUCGUUGUACCUUAGGACCGGCAUCGGUGUCCAGCUCAAAGACAUCAAAGUCUUCAACCGCGCCAGGCAGCAAGGAACCAAUGUGUGCCAAAUUAACAACGGUGGCUGUCAGCAGCUGUGCCUUUUCCGUGGCAACGACAAGCGCACAUGCGCUUGUGCCCACGGCAUGCUGGCCGAGGACGGCAGCAGUUGCCGCGACUACGAGGGCUACCUGCUGUACUCGGAGCGCACCAUCCUCAAGAGCAUCCACCUAUCGGAUGAGACCAACCUAAACGCGCCCAUCAAACCUUUCGAGGACCCCGAGCACAUGAAGAACGUCAUCGCGCUGGCCUUCGACUACCGCGGGGGUCCUGGUCCGGGCGGUCAGAAGCGCACAAACCGCAUCUUCUUCAGUGACAUCCACUUUGGCAACAUCCAGCAGAUCGAUGACGACGGGUCCAGCCGCAAGACCAUUGUGGAGAAUGUGGGUUCGGUGGAGGGUCUGGCGUAUCACCGCGCGUGGGACACCCUGUACUGGACCAGCUACACCACCUCCACCAUUACCCGCCACACGGUGGACCAGAGCCGCCCGGGGGCUUUCGAGCGUGACACCGUGGUCACCAUGUCCAGCGACGACCACCCACGAGCGUUUGUGCUGGACGAGUGUCAGAAUUUGAUGUUCUGGACCAACUGGAACGAGCAGUCGCCCAGCAUCAUGCGCUCCUCGUUGGGGGGCGCCAACGUGCUGAUCAUCAUCGGCACCGACAUCCGCACCCCCAACGGCCUGGCCAUCGACCACCGCGCCGAGAAGCUCUACUUCAGCGACGCCACACUGGACAAGAUUGAGCGCUGUGAAUAUGAUGGCAGCCAUCGCAUUGUGGUGCUGAAGAACGAGCCGGUGCAUCCGUUUGGGCUGGCGGUGUACGCGGACUACAUCUUCUGGACGGACUGGGUGCGGCGGGCGGUGCUGAGGGCCGACACGGACGGCAGGGACCUGAAGGUGCUGCGCGCGGACAUCCCUCAGCAGCCCAUGGGCAUCAUCGCCGUGGCCAACGACACCAACAGCUGUGAAUUCUCCCCAUGCCACAACAACAAUGGUGGCUGCCAGGACCUGUGUCUCCUCACCGCAGAUGGCCGGGUCAACUGCAGCUGCAGAGGAGACCGCAAGCUCCUGCCUGACCAGUCAUGCGUCGCCCAGAACAUGUCCUGCAGCAGUGUGGAUAACUUUGAGUGCGGGAACGGAGACUGCAUCGACUACAGCCUCACCUGCGAUGGCAGACCCUGCAAGGACAAGUCUGACGAGAAGCAGUCAUACUGUGCUAACCGCGUGUGUAAGAAGGGCUUCCGGCGCUGUGCCAACGGACGCUGCAUUGGGCUGCCGGUCUGGUGUGACGGCACUGACGACUGUGGAGACCGCUCCGAUGAGCUGCACUGCAAUGUGACCCUCUGUGCUGCUGGGGAGUUCCAGUGUGCCUCGGCUACAGGCUGCAUCGCCAACUCCACCCGCUGCAACCAGGUGGUGGACUGUGAGGACGCCAGUGAUGAGAUGAACUGCAGUCCAACGGACUGCUCCAGUUAUUACCGGCGGGGUGUGAAGGAGUCGACGUUCCAGCGCUGUGAGAAGACCACCCUGUGUUACGCCUCCUCCUGGGUGUGUGACGGCUCCAACGACUGUGGAGACUGGUCUGAUGAGAGAAACUGUCCUGAUAAGAAGAAGUUGAAGUGUCCAGUGAACUUCUUUGCUUGUCCGAGUGGACGCUGCAUCCCUAUGAGCUGGACAUGUGACAAGGAGAAAGACUGUGAGAAUGGCGCGGACGAAACCCACUGUGAUAAGUUCUGCACACCCACACAGUUUGAGUGUGGGAACCAUCGCUGUAUCCAGAGCACCUGGGUGUGUGACGGGCAGGACGACUGUGGAGACGGGUCAGAUGAGGGCGCCAAGUGCAGCACAAAGACGUGCAGUCCAGAGACGUUCCAGUGCCCAGGGUCGUACAUAUGUGUGCCUCAGCACUGGAAGUGUGAUGGAGACAAGGACUGUCCUGACGGAGCUGACGAGAGCAUCAAGGCAGGCUGCACCUACAAUAACACGUGUGAUGAGAACGAGUUCAUGUGCCAGGACAAGAACUGCAUCCCCAAGCAGUUUGUGUGUGACCAUGACCUGGACUGCCCCGAUGGCUCAGAUGAGUCCGUAGAGUGCGAGUACUCCACGUGUGGUCCUGAUGAGUUCCGCUGUGCUAACGGCCGCUGCCUGAAGCGGAAGAGCUGGGAGUGUGAUGGAGAGCCUGACUGCUACGACAGCUCAGACGAGGCCCCCAAGAACCCCCACUGCACUGAAACAGGCAAGAGCUGCAAUGACACGGCCUACAUGUGCAACAACAAGAAGUGUGUGAACGAGACGCUGCUGUGUGACAACAAGGACGACUGUGGGGACGGCUCCGACGAGCUCAACUGCUACGUCAACGAGUGCGCCCUCGCCCACCUCAGUGGAUGCUCCCAGCAGUGCGAAGACCUCAAGAUUGGCUUCAAGUGCCGCUGUCAAACUGGCUUCCGGCUGAAGGACGAUGGGAAGACGUGUGUGGACAUAGACGAGUGCACGACCAGCUACCCCUGUACCCAACGCUGCGUCAACACCCACGGCAGCUACCAUUGCCUCUGUGUGGAAGGCUUCCAGCUCCUGCCUGACGACCCCACCACCUGCAAAUCCACCUCCGAGGAGGAACCCUUCCUGAUCUUUGCCAACCGCUACUACCUGCGCAAGCUCAACCUGGACGGCACCAACUACACCCUGAUCAAGCAGGGUCUGAAUAAUGCAGUGGCUCUGGACUUCCACUACGCUGAGCAGAUGAUCUACUGGACAGACGUGACCACACAGGGCAGCAUGAUCCGCCGCAUGCCCAUCAACGACAGCGACAACGUGCAGGUGCUUCACCGGACCUCUCUGAGCAACCCCGACGGCCUGGCGGUGGACUGGGUCGGGCUCAACCUCUACUGGUGCGAUAAGGGCCGGGACACCAUCGAGGUGUCAAAGUUGAACGGAGCGUACCGCACGGUCCUGGUCAACAGCGGCCUCAAGGAGCCCAGAGCUGUCGCCGUGGAUGUCCGCAACGGGUACCUGUACUGGUCAGACUGGGGUGAUAACCCCCACAUCGGACGCAUCGGCAUGGACAGCACCAACCGCAGCGUCAUCAUCCAGGAGCGCAUCACCUGGCCCAACGGGCUCACUCUGGACUUCAUCAAUGACCGCAUCUACUGGGCCGACGCUCGCGAGGACUACAUCGAGUUCGCCAGCCUGGACGGCACCAACCGACACAUCGUGCUGCACCAGGACAUCCCUCACAUCUUUGCCAUGACUCUGUUUGAGGAGUACAUCUACUGGACCGACUGGGAGACCAAGUCCAUCAAUAGGGCGCACAAGACUCAGGGCACCAACAAGAGCAUGCUGAUCAGCACCCUGCACCGGCCCAUGGACAUCCACAUCUACCACCCCUACAGACAGCCAGAGGUGAGGGACCACCCGUGCCAGGUAGAUAAUGGCUGCAAUGGCCUGUCCUCCCUCUCUCCGGGAAGCUACAGAGGUCGCCUGCCCCGCAACUUCUACCUGGCGGCUGAUGGGCGCAAUUGCCUGUCCAACUGCACUGCCAGCCAGUUUGUGUGCAAGAAUGACAAGUGCAUUCCUUUCUGGUGGAAGUGUGACACCGAGGAUGACUGUGGAGAUCGUUCAGAUGAGCCUGCUGACUGCCCUGUCUUUAAGUGCCGGCCAGGUCAGUUCCAGUGUGGCACGGGCAUCUGCACAAAUCCUGCCUACAUCUGUGACGGUGACAACGAUUGCCAGGACAACUCGGACGAGGCCAACUGUGACAUCCACGUGUGCCUGCCCAGCCAGUUCAAGUGCUACUUAGCCCAACGAUUUCAGUCAUCCUGGCGCUGCAUCCCAGGUGGCUGGGUCGGCCGCGACAACGACUGCGUGGAUGGCUCCGACGAACCAGCCAACUGCACUCAGAUGACGUGUGGGGCGGAUGAGUUCCGCUGUAAGGACUCGGGCCGCGCUCAGCGCUGGAAGUGUGUAGAGGAUGACUGCUUGACAGCGUCAGGCAGGCCCAAAGAGGUGGUGGACGAGCGGACGUGCGAGCCCUACCAGUUCCGCUGCAAGAACAACCGCUGUGUGCCCGGCCGCUGGCAGUGUGACUACGACAACGACUGCGGAGACAACUCGGGGCGAGAAAGUGUGCCACGUAAAUGCUCUGAGAGUGAGUUUUCCUGCACCAACGGCCGCUGCAUAGCUGGCAGGUGGAGGUGUGAUGGAGAUCAUGACUGUGCGGACGGCUCUGAUGAGGUUGGCUGUGAACCAAAAUGCGACAGUGACCAGUUCCAGUGUACGAAUGGCCACUGUAUCCCCUUGCGCUGGCGCUGUGACUUGGAUGCCGACUGCAUGGAUGGCAGUGAUGAGGAGAAGUGCAACAGUACUGUUGGGAGACAGUGCCCCCUAGAUGAGUUUCAGUGUAAUAACACCCUCUGCAAGCCUCUGGCCUGGAAGUGUGACGGUGAGGACGACUGUGGGGACAACUCCGACGAGAACCCCGAGGAGUGCAGGAGCUUCCAAUGCCCACCUACCAGAAACUUCCGCUGCCACAAUGAGCGGGUGUGCUUGUGGAACGGCAAGCGCUGCGAUGGAGUGGACAACUGCGGCGACAACUCGGACGAGAUGAACUGUGGUAGGUCGUCUGAGAGCAUACCGGCAAACAUGUUCCGCUGUAACAACGGCAAGUGCAUCAGCUCCAACCUGCGCUGCAACUUCUUCAACGACUGUGAGGACUACGGCUCGGAUGAGGUCAACUGCACAAAAGAGAAAGGCACUGUGGUCAAUGACUGUAAGAGCAACAGGACCCACUGUGGGGACGGCGAUGAGGCCCACUGUGUGACCAACGGCACAGACUCCUUCUGCUCCUGCAAACCCGGCUUCCACACCAUAGCACCCAACAUCUGCAAUGACACAAAUGAGUGCCUCCAGUUUGGUGUUUGCUCCCAAAUCUGUAACAACACUAAAGGCUCCUACAAGUGCAGCUGCUACAAGCACUUCACCAAGAUCAACAACACAUGCAAGGCUGAUGGCACCAGGGACAGCCAGCAGCAGGUCCUCUACAUCGCCGACGACAACGAGAUCCGCAGCCUGGACCCGGGCAUGCCCAACUGGGUCUACGAGCAGACCUUCCAGGGCGACGCCAACGUGCGCAUCGAGGCCAUGGACGUGCACAUCAAGACCAACCGCAUCUUCUGGACCAACUGGCACACGGGGAGGAUCUCCUCCUACGAGCUGCCCUCCUCCUCUUCCUCCUCGGGCCCCACGUCCAACACCCACCGGCACCGGCGCCAGGGCGAGGGCACCGACUCCGGCCUGCAGGUUCAGAUCUCGGGCCUGAAAAUGCCUCGAGGCCUUGCAGUGGACUGGGUGGCUGGGAACCUCUACUGGACCGACUCGGGUCGAGACGUGAUCGAGGUGGCCCAGAUCUCUGGCCAGCACCGCAAGACCCUCAUCUCGGGCAUGAUCGAUGAGCCCUACGCCAUCGUGGUGGACCCGCAGAGAGGGAGAAUGUACUGGACCGACUGGGGCAACCAUCCCAAGAUUGAGACUGCAGCUAUGGACGGGACAAUGAGACAGACUCUGGUCCAUGAGAACAUCCAGUGGCCAACAGGCCUGGCUGUGGACUACUUCAAUGAGCGUCUGUACUGGGCUGAUGCCAAGCUCUCAGUCAUCGGCAGUGUCCGACUAGAUGGGUCUGACCCCGUUGUCGCCGUCUCUCACCUCAAAAACAACCUCCUGCACCCGUUCAGCAUUGACGUGUUUGAGGACCACAUCUACGGCGUGACGUACAUCAACAACUAUGUCUUCCGCGUGAAUAAGUUUGGCAAGGGCUCAAUGGAGAACCUGACCACCGGCAUCAACCACGCCACUGACAUCGUCCUCUACCAUCGCUACAAACAGCCUGAGAUGACCAACCCAUGCGACCGUAAGAAGUGCGAGUGGCUGUGUCUGCUCAGCCCCACUGGUCCAGUGUGCGUCUGUCCAAACAACCACGUCCAGGACAACGGCACCUGUGUGGAGGUCCCUCCGCCAACCUCACAACCAAGCCCAGGGACGUGUAGCCUGCAGUGCCUGAAUGGAGGCAGCUGCUUCCUGAACCCCCACAAGCAGCCCAAGUGCCGCUGCCAGACCAGCUACAGUGGAGAGCGCUGCGAGGUCAACCAGUGCAGAGACUACUGCAAGAACAAAGGCACCUGCUCCCCCUCGCCCUCAGGUGCACCUACCUGCCGCUGCCAGAAUGGCUUCACCGGUCCCACGUGUAACCUGCGGACGUGUAAGGACUACUGUCAAAACAAGGGCAACUGCACCGUCAACCAGGGCAACCAGCCCACCUGCAAAUGCCCCCCAGAGUUCCUGGGAGACAUGUGCCAGUACAGUAAAUGUGAUGGCUUCUGUGAGAACGGUGGCACGUGCCAGCAGUCGGCCAAUGGCACGCGGCAGUGCCGCUGUCCGCCCCAGUACCACGGCCUGCACUGUGAGCUGGACCGCUGCCAGUACUGUGGCACCGGACAGUGCAUCAAGACGGCCUCCAGAGAGCUGGCCUGCAGUUGUUCCAAUGGGCGCAUCCAGCCCAGCUGCUUUACCUGUGUGGAUUUCUGCCAAAAUGGGCAGUGCUCCAUGGACACACGCUCACUGCUCCCCCAGUGCAGGUGUCAGGAGGGAUGGGGUGGCUUCCGUUGUCUGACGGUGUCUCCUGUGGAAGGCCCCGACAGCCAAACCAGCACUGCCUCCGUCGUCAUCCCAGUUCUCCUGCUGCUCCUUCUGGCGCUCCUAGUGGUGGGCGCCCUCUUGUGGUACAAGAAGAGAAUGCGAGGGGCCAAGGGUUUCCAGCACCAGAGAAUGACCAACGGGGCCAUGAAUGUAGAGAUUGGGAACCCGGCCUACAAGAUCUAUGAGGGGGAUCCAGACGACGAUGCUGGAGAGCUGCUGGAUUCUGACUUUGCACUGGAUCCAGAUAAGCCCACCAACUUUACCAACCCGGUGUACGCCACGCUCUACAUGGGCGCCCACAACAGCCGCAACUCGCUGGCCAGCACCGACGAGAAGAAGGAGCUCCUCUCCACGACGGAUGACGACAUGGGAGACCCGCUAGCGUAGAGGUCCAUUGCUAACAGCCACGGCGCUGCUCGACGAAAAAAACCUCCUAAACACGCCCCCGCCUCCCGUCUAAUGCCUUUUACAAAACAGGAAAGAAAAAAAAGCAGCAACCACAGUAACAAUGAGAGAACACUGUACAAAAUGUAUAAAAAAGGAGGAAAAAAAGAAAAGAAAAAAAGAGAUGAAGGACUACUUUUGUAUGUGAUUGCAGUAUUAUAUUUUAUUCUUUGAGGAAAUUCUUCUCGUGAACAGGAAGAAAACAGAACAUUUUCUAUACUUUUUUUAUUUUUUACUUUUUGUUUUUGCUCACCAACUUGCUAUUCAACCUAACUUCAGUCAAUUCCCGAUGUCCCCUUCAUUUAGCCACUACCUCUGUGCAAAUAUAACAUAUGAACGACAACAGCAUUGGAACAACUUUCUUUUUAUUUCUUUUCAACUUUAUUUUUGUAUGAAUUGUAUAGAAGCCAUUGUUCCAUUUGAAAAGAAAAUUGCCAAGUGUGUUGUGAACAACUGUGAGUGGGAUGGGGAAACCCUGAGUCUGCCAGAUUCCCCCACACACACUUUCACUGCUGCUGGAUGUUUAGAUGCAGAGGUAGGAUGUGUGAGCGUGUGUGAGAGUGAGUGUAUGUGUGUGUGUGUGAGUGUAUGUGUGUGUGUGUGGAUGAGAAGACUGUGUGAGUGGAAAGGGGGGGAGGGGGCAAAAUGAGUGAGAAGCAGUGGGUCCGCAUCUUUACUUCCAUAUCCAUAGCUCAGAGAACUUGGUUUAAAAUGAUUGUUUUUUUCUCCUUGCACAGAUAUGAAUUUAUAUAUAUAUAUAUAUAUAUAUAUAUAUAUAUAUAUUUAUAUAUAUAUAAACCUAGUGUCUUGACAAUACACCUAGGGAUUCAAACAUCCAUAAAAAUAGCAGUAUGUAUUUGUUUUGCUUUAAUACUCUCUUCAAAGUUAUUUUAGAGAUAAACAAAUUAUUGGAUACUGUCUGAAUUUUUUUGAACGGAUGAACAGAAAGGGAGCCCGGUGGGUGGGUGGGUGGAUGGAUGGGGUCAUGAAUUGUGCUUGUUGGAUGAAGAUGAGAACAUUCCAGGGUUGUUUGUUCAUUUGUUUGUUUGUUUUAUCUGUGGCCUUGGUUUUCGGAAUGUCAAAUGGUUUUUUGGGACCGCUGGGAUGGACUGGGACUCGACCCAGUCGUAUUCGUGGAAUUGCUGAGAUUGACAGAAGGUGGAAAAAAAAGGAAAAUGAUUGUCAAGCUUGUGCCUCUCGGGCACUCUCCAUGUGUGUUCAGGUUAAGGCUUCGGAAGCUCUCCCUCGUCACGUCCCCUAGGAACUGUGACUCCAUCUUGGAUUCCCAUUACAUGCGUAAGUGUGACCCAUGGAGGUAUGGGGCUGCCCAGGGAGAGCGGACUCGUCGCAUUAAUAAACAAAAUGAAAGCUGUGUUUUAUUUGAUUGUUUUCUACUUGGGUACGAAGUUGAUAGGUGAUUGUCUUUGUCAGCCAGUGCUACUACCUAGGAAGCGUUCUGUUUGAUGCUGACGUCCCUGUGCAAAUACAGCCCUCUUUCUCUUGAUUAGCGUUCCCACUACCACACAUAUUAAUGCUAUGCCUUGCUGCUAACGCCACCAUUCGUCUGCCUGAUCCAUUGUCAAGCUCAGCCGACAGCUUGUCACUGGGCUGCUGCUUCUAAUGGAUGUGACUAGCCAUAACUUCCAUAUGUUAAUGCAUGUAACACGAAAAAAAAAAAAAACAAUAUCAACAAAAUGUAUGUGUAAAUCCCUCUGGCUUUUAUUGGACACAUUUUGAACAGUAUUCACAUGUCUGUCCUUCUCAUUUCUGUGAUGUUGCUCUGGUCAUUCUUUUGUUUUUAUUUUUGUUUUUUUGAUCAGAUGGAUUAGUACAAUCAUUUUACUUUCUCAAAGGUUAAAAUAAGACACUUUUACAAAAACCUAAA